AUUCUCCCUUAAAAAAAGCCACUGCUAUUAAUUAUCCCCUCUUUCUUCCACAUCUCUCUCUGCCUUCCUGGAAACCAAACUCUUUCUCCUUUCCAAUCUUAGAAAAAGGAAAGAUCUUUCCAUAUAAAAACAUCACCUUUACCCCUAAUUAUCGCCACCUCCAACUUAUCGCCGCCAUGGAUCACACCUCAAGACCAGCUCAUCAAAAUCUCUUAAAGCAAACUAAGAUCGAGCCGACGAAGAAGAAGAAGAUGAAUCAGCAGAAAAUUAAAGUGGUUCACUUCUCCAAUCCCGUGAGAGUCACAACUACUGUUGCUGAUUUCCGAGCUCUCGUACAGGAACUCACCGGCAGAGACUCUCACAUCGCCGACUUACUGGCAGGCCAUCCUCCGGCGGCCACGGUGGGCCGCGUUUGCGACAGCUACAGCCCUCUUGAUCUGCUCGCAGGCGGCGGGUUAGACCAAGCUGGAAUCUUUGACUUUCCGCCGCCGGAUUUCAAGGCAGAAAGUGGUUAUGGAGAUGGUGAUCGUUUUGAGUUGUAUGGUGAGAGGUUUGAAAGUGUGGAAGAUUACGGUGAGGUUUUUAUGGAGUCGGUGGUGUUUGAGACGCCGGUGAUCGCCGGCGACGGGCUCUACGGCUGGACACUCUGAUAUUGGUGAGGUUGAUCAGGAUCUCGUUUAACUGGUAUCAUGUAUGUAUACAUAUAUAUACAUACAUACAUAAAUAUGAAGAAAAAUUAUGUCCACAUGUACUUAUAUAUGCAUGAGCUUGAAAAUUAUUAAAUUUCUAUUAAGAUUUGUGUAAAACAAAUUCUUCAUUUACUAUCAUUAAUAAUCUAAAAAAAAAAUUUAAAAAUUUUCAAGCUCAUCGUAUUAUAAUCUAUAUCUUUUGACAUAAUUUUGUUUUCAUAAAUAUUUUUUCUUAAGCAUGCAUGUAUCUUCCAUAUAUGUCUAUAUGUAUCGAUCUCUGCUGAAAUGCUGUGUAAUUUGGGCGUUUUUUAUGUUAAAAGCUAGUCUUAUUUCCCCUAAUAA